CCAUACUUGACCGAAACCAUCGGGUCUUCUCCGAUGGGAACGAUGAAGAACAAGUACAUAACGAUUCUUUUCUUCUGCCUGGUAUUCGUUACCACUAAUGCAGAUCAAAGAAACGAAACAAAAAUCGACGAUGGAAAGACAGGAAGUUCUUCGUCUGAGCUUCCUGCGCAUCAGAAAGAUUCGACCAAUGCUCCAGAUAGCGACGAUGAGAUCAUGGAAGCACUUCCGGUGUCCAGAAAUUUCACAGACGAGGCGACGAAGAGUCUGUUGUCGCUGUCAAAACAAAUAAUGAAUGGAAGACAGCACGUUACAGACGAAUGGAGCAAAUUGUUGAAGCGCAACGUGUUAAAUUCGCUGUUGGACGAACUUUCUGGAAACGACAAGAAAAUUUGUUCCUGCGAGGAGGAGGCGAAACUAUUUGGCCAUAAGCACACGUCCAGAAUCAUCGCGCACGAAAUUUUCUGCGAAUUGAGGACACUUUUCCACUACUUUUUAAUCGUUGAAGAAACUAUACAGUACGAUCUUCCGUUACACCUACUGAUAAAUAGCGAAGAAAAUGGAGGUAGCUCGAGUUCACUGAUUCAACUGCUGUUCAGUGGGAAUCUCUUUAAAAUUAUCGAGGACAGCAUAGCGCGUUUGGAGAUGUUCUUCGACAACCCUGAGAACCUGAAGAUGCUGCCCGAAAUCGUCGAAAAGUAUAUUCCCGUAACUGAGAUCCGUGCCACUUUGACCAGAUUGAAGAACGCUAUCAAUAAAUUCUUCAUUCAUUUCCAAGGACUCCUCGGGAUCCUUGAACCAAAUAUCGACAUCUUCAAGGAAAUAACGGACGAGAUAUUCGAUGCAAAAGAGAACGCAUUGUAUCUAUUCGACGGAAACAUACCGAAAUUUGUUAAAGGAGUGGUGAAGCAAGUGUGGAAAGGGCUUACGUUGAUACAAUCGUUCUUCGAGAAGUUUUCUCCUCAAGACCUGUUUUAUCGAUUCUUCGUCAAUUUAAAGGGAUUCUUCGUAACCUUCAUCGAAUCUGUACAAGCACAAUCCCCUUCUGGAUUUUUCGAUGCUAUAAUUACUACGCUGCAGAACUUGAUUUUGGCUUUUCUACGAAAUUUCCUGCCAGGCAUUGUCCAUAUUCCUGGAAUUGAUUGGGAUGGCCAAAAUGGAGGAUUUCCAAACAUUCCAGGUAUUCCAGGUAUUCCAGGUAUUCCAGCUAUUCCAAACAUUCCAGGCAUUCCAGAUAUUCCAGGUAUUCCAGGUACUCCAGGUACUCCAGGUACUCCAAGUAUUCCAAACAUUCCAGGCAUUCCAAAUAUUCCAGGCAUUCCAGGUAUUCCAGGUAUUCCAAGCACCCCAGGAAUUCCAAGCAUCCCAGGAAUUCCAGGAAUUCCAGGUACUACAGACCAUGGAUGCGACUGUUCACAAUCAAACGACGCUCCUUUCAAUCGGUUUCCUGUACCUUCGUUGGGUAUGAAACAAAUGGAUCCCGAAAGCGAAACGUCAGCUCCUAAACCAGUGGUAGUGCCCCUUUCUCAGGGCCUUUCGGACAAAUCAAACGAUGCUCAAGAUCAAUCGGAGCUGUCUAAAUUUCUCUCGAGUCUCCCAUCAAGGAUUACACCAAAUUCUCUAAAGCAGGACGAGCCUGCAAAGUCUCGUGCAUCGUCUACUCGCUUCCCAUUUUCUAUUUACAAUUUACCAAUGUUCAACUUUGGAAACACCGAUUCAAGCGAAUCCAGCACAUCGACGCCUGAUGGAAAUUCGAUUCACACCAACCGCCACGAUCCCAUGUCGCCUGAAGAUUUCCAGAUGUUCCUAGGGGCUUCACCGAGCAGUACUCCCAGCAGUCCUUUAGAAUCUACAUUCUCUGGUCCAACGGGAACUCCUGGAGAUGACGACACGAGCAGUUCUUUGCAAUUCAAGUCCUCAUCGGCUGCAACGCCAGCUGGAAGCGACGAUGCUUUAUCUUCCGCGUCGAAUAUGCAGCAGAAUGGUAACAGACCACAUUAUUCGUUACUUCCGUUCCUGCAACCAUCUCGACCAAUUAUAAAUGAAAAUGGGCCUUCCACUUACGCUCCUCAGUCUGAAUCCUCUUCUGCGGAGCCUGUUACACCUGUGAACGAAGAUGAUCCGCGAUCGACUCUACCUCACAGUCACAUCCCAUUGCUACCACCAUUUUCGAACCUACCAGCAGGAACAGCUCCCUAUACCGAUUCUUUAAACUAUUUUCCGCCAUCUGGCUCUUCAUCUUCCACUGGACCACCAGUGGAUAAACCUUCCUUAAACCAUAUUGUUUCUCACUCAUCACCGAACGUUCAGCAAGAUGGCAACCUUCCACAUUCACCAUCCUCAUCUCAAACCAGUACCUCUGAUUACCCUACACAAAAUCCUUUGUCUUCCUUCGCAAAGUUGCUCGACUCCCUGCCAGGAUACUCAGAACCUCAGAGAAAUAUCAGGAGCAACUGCAGCGAAUCUUCGAGUCCCUUGACUUCCAUGUUCCCACCGCAAAACGGAUCAUCGAGCUCAGAGUCAAGCGAUCAACCGUCUCAAGAUUACGUUAACAAUCUGGGGAAUACCGACUCUUUGUACAAAUACCUUGAUCAGCGACAGAGUACGCCAGGAUUGGAACAAUCGUCGAAGAUAAACGUUUUCAGGAAAAUUUUGGAUACGUACAGGUCUAACAUGUCUCCGUCGAUAUCCUCGCUGAUUAGUUCUGGUACUUGCGGUACGUGGGUCGUCUUGUCCUCUCGAUCGAAGCUGAAUCAUCCUUUGAACGGAGUUACGCCCUCGCAAAGUCACUUGCAGCUUAACAAGAGCGAUAUAGAGUGUCCGUUGGACAACGUUGGUCUGUCUUCUGGCGAUAUAAUUGUUAUUUUGCCUAAGGAAGACCUAGGGCUGAUAGGGCGCAUCGCCAGCGACGAUCCUGUUAGGUUCAACGUGUACAAGUUGAAACCGAUUCAUAUGGGUAAUCCCAACGACGUUAAAAUUUGGCAUCUUCGAUCCAGAGAUUUUCACGAUUCAGCGUGCAGACAGCUAUUGGAAUCACUUUCCCAAGGUUACUAAUAAUUGCGAGAUGUAAUCGUAUGUCACGUUGUUAUAGUAAUCGCAGUACAUCGUCCACGUAAUACGUCUCUAUUGUACUUAGAUACCUAUUGUACACUAUUUUAUUAACUUAUACGCGCGACAUGAAAGCGCGAUCUAUUUAUUGAAAUAUUAUUUAUUUACUAACGAUCCAAGUUUUAUAAUGUAUGAAAAAAAAUAUGAAUAAAAUAAUACGUUCCUAAAAUCCUCUUGUCAUUAAGUGUACCAUCUAGUCUAUGUUAAGACCUUUUGUUUUAAUAGAGAAACAUCGCGAUUUACCGCGGUAGCAGAACAGCGAGGAAUUUAAGUAUUUGCUGACGACGCGAAUAAAAAUUUCUGUGGCCCGCGGCAAACGAGAUUGUCAGGACGAAAUGGUUUUACAGUGUUAUUGCGGCCACGGAUCCGAUAUGAAGACCAACUUUAUUAUUGUUUACUUUGCGAUCCUCCUACUGGUUCUCCAGAAUUGUUCUCGCGCCGAGGAUACCUCGAGUUCCGAAGAAUCGAUAGAAAUUCCACCAAGGAAAAGAAUCGAAAGAAGACGAGAGCAAGGGCCGAUUUCGAAAUUGAUUCACGGUAUUUUCCGUACGGCUGGGGCGGUUCUGCAUAUUUCAGGAAGAAAUUAAUGACCGAAGUCAGCUAAUUGGAAUAUUAAUGGAAGUGAAUGAGAGCUUUAAGUUGCUAGGAAAAUUAAGGAAGAGAUCAGGAAACGUCUUGGAACAAGCGAUAGGUUUCCGUACGCUUAUGUGAUUCGUUAACGGCGAGAUAAGGCAGUGAUUCUCAAAUUUCUACUCGAUAAUGUGGGAAAUUCGAUGCUUCUAGUUGUUUACGGAAUAAAUUAAUAAAUAAAUCGAGUUUUCUUAAACGAGAAAUGUUUAUGCGCGCCGGAUAUUUUUACCGUAUACUCGAGGUCGGCUUCUCCGUAUUCGAUAAAACACGUGGAAACGGAGAUAAAGGAAUUACACAAUUUCCGCUGAACAGAGACAGCCGAUUGUAACAAAAAAUGCAACUCAUGACGCGAUGCGAAAUAUGCAAUUGGAUGGAUCAAAAUACAGAAUUCCAACGGCGAGCAAUUCAUUUCAGUUCGAUACAAAGAAGCGGGAACGGUAGCAGCGAACACUGUGAGUCGUCGACAAUCGAGAAUCGAGUAUUACGUACAACGUUCUUCGUGCGAGGCUUCUAGUUAAAGCAGUGUACGGUCGACCCUCUGACAGAAACUAUCACAUAUAUUUAACAACAAUACGAGGACCACUGAUUACACUAUGGCCCGAUAUAUUUUCGCCGCUAUUCUUCUGGUUUCCCUGUUUUACUUGUUCCAGGCUUCUCCCAUGCCCCAAGAUGCGCAGCAGCAGCAGCAGGAGCCGCAACAGAACAAUUUAGACAACAUUGCUGAUCAAGUGAAGAAAGCAUGGAACGGAGCAGCGGAUACAUUGCACGAGAGAAUGGGCUCAUGGUUGAACGAAACCAACCUGAACGAAGCCAUGGACAAAGUGAAAUCAUUCAUAAACCAAGCUGGCGAAAGCAUUCGUAGGGAGGCCGAGAAAAUCAGCGAGAGGGUUCAGGACUAACUGCUCGAUUUUCCACGUACAUGUAACGCGAAAUAAAAGCCACGUUUCUUACGAUUAUCUUUAUCCAGGAGUCCUAAGCAUAGGCGUAACUAUACUCUGAAUAUAUUACAAUAUCAAUUAGCGGGUGACGGUGCGCUUCAAGUACAUGAAGGAAUAAUGCACGAGUAGUUUAGCAAAGCUUUCAAACGAUUCCAUGAAUGGUUUUAGACUUAGUACGCUUGUUAUGAAUUUUCAAACGCCGUGAAGAACGUUGCAUAAUUCUUGUCGUGUCUCUACAUGUACGAGUACUUACACGUUCCUUGAAAAAUAGUGUCAACUUUGACACGGAUGUUGACGUAAAAAAUAUGACAUUCAAUAUAUCGGAGCUGACAUUGCUCAUCGGGCGAUUAUUCGGCGAACAACGUUGCGUAAUGUAUUCGUAGUAUUGAAAGAUUCUGUAAAUAAAGUGCAAAGAUACGUCACGAAA